UUGGCUGCUUGUGAAACUUAACCUUGAAUAUUUUCUUUGCUUUUAUCGUGAAAAUUCACAUAAUGAAGUUACAACUAUAAUCUAACAAUAUGGAAAGCCAAGAGGACCCAGUUAGAUGUUUAAAGCAAGAGCCUAUCGAUACUUGGCCAGAUGUAGGCAACAAUUAUGAUUUCGACUCAAUAAACUCUUGCGAAGUCAAAAGCAUUAGAAAUGUCUCGAUUUAUAAAUCAUCAGCUAAUUGCAAAAAUGAGGUUAUGUCAUUACACGAAAAAUCAGAUAAAAAAAUAUUCAUUGAUUUUGAGUGCAAAGAUGUAAAACCUGAACUGAAGCCUCCAUCAAAAACGUUGUGUAAAACUGAGUAUCAAAGUUUUUCAUCUUUUGUAAAGAUAGAAAACCAGAAUGAGACUAGUUAUUUGCGCGAAAAAAGUCUAAUAAUUCUGAUUAAGAAAGGAUUUAAUUACGAUGGUAAUUAUCAAUUUCAAGAAAAGUCCAGAUUGAAUUAUGAAGGAUAUAAUAAUGAGAAAGUAUUAAUAAGAAAAACACCUCAAACCAAAUUAUCUCACAAUUAUAAUUUGUAUCGAAAAACGUAUAAAGAAAAAGCGAGUCUAAAUGCACAUAUCAAUUCGACACAGGAGAACAUUCGAUCAUGUGAAUGUGAUAUUUGUCACAAAGCAUUUGGACGCAAAGCUAACCUCAAAUUACACACAAAUACAGUGCAUUAUAAAAGCAAACCCUUCGAAUGUGAUGUGUGCCAUAAAUUAUAUGGUCGCAAAGAUAACCUCAGAACCCACAUAACCACAGUUCAUGAUCGUAUCAAAAAGUUCGAAUGUGAGAUUUGUCACAAAUCAUUUGGACUAAAAGGUGACCUCAAGAAACACAUAAAUUCAGUACAUAAUCGUAUCAAACCCUUCGAGUGUGCCGUUUGUCUCAAGUCAUUUGUAGAAAGAAGAACUCUCAAAUGUCACAUCAGUUUAGUUCAUGAUCGCAGCAAACCCUUCGAGUGUGAGAAUUGUCACAAAUCAUUUGGAUAUCAAAGAAAUCUCAAAAGGCAUAUAAAUGCAGUACAUAAUCAGAUCAAACCUUUCGAAUGUAAAAUUUGUCACAAAUCAUUUGCACAGAAAGGCCAUCUCAGUGUUCACGCAAAUGCAGUACAUAAUCGUAUCAAACCCUUCGAAUGUAAGGUUUGUCACAAGUUCUAUACUCGCAAGAUUAUUCUCAAAUCUCAUAUGAUUAAAGUACAUAAUCGGAACAAACCCUAAGAGCGUGGGAUUCGUCUGGAGACAUUGGGGCGCAAUGAAAACUUUUACA